CUUCACUUAGAACCCUCGCGCCUCUAACCUGAAUCUGAAUGGUACAACUAAUUACAACUGGUGUAGCACUUAUAGUUAUACCCCACCCCCACGAUUGGGCACACCAGUAGUGCUACUUACUUACGUGAUCAUGUCCCCUCACCCACGUCCUCGUCAUCUACUGCUUGUGUCUAAAAACAAAUAUAGCUGUAACGCAGUACAGAUACACUUGUAUGUACAUACUAAAUCAUAAUCAUGAUCCGUGCUGGCUACUUUCGGUUAUACUUGGUAGACUAUCACUCGGUCAAAUUGCUCUUCUUUUUAGAAGGUACAACUCGACUGAAAGGCCUCAAAACUACUUGGCCACGUAGUUAACGAGGGCACAUGCCAUGACGUGACAUCAACAUCUGCAAGGACUACAUCAACUUAUUCGCUUCUUAUUCUAAGCCUAUAAUGUACUCUCACAAACAAAACACGUCACAUCAUUACUGACCACUAGACGUGGUGAGGCAAGCAAUAGGAUUCGCUAUCGCGUCUCCGUCUGCUUUUCUUCACAUAAUUUUUGAAGGAUCAUGACCUCUACUAGCGGCCAGCGAGGACUAGCGGAAGUGUACUUAGGUGAUAGGACGGUAAAUUCAACAUUAUAAAGUGUCUGGGUCUCUUGAGUGACCGCCUGGUCGUGAGCCGAAUUCUGUAGCGUAACUCACUUAGUACCCUUCCUCCACGAAUAAGCAAAAUGGAGUAUUACGCAGACAGUCCCCGCUUUGUGCGGAAACGGUUUCAUGCGGAGCAGGAAGUCCUCACGCAUAUACAGCACUCAGACACAUGCCUGUGUCUCAAAUUUAAGGACGAUGCAGAUAUAUUUACUCACUUCGACACGCACACGCACACGCACUGGCACAGGCUUUAGUACAUCAUCAUCAUGGUUAAUCAAAUAAAUAUCAACGACAACUGCUACUGCGAGACAAUAAUUCCAUGGGAAUUCUAUUUACACUCAUGACGUCGAGGACGGGAACGAUGAGGAAUCGAAGAUCAAGAUACAGACAGACUAGUAUAGCUACGUCCUAGUAAGUCCAAGCUUCUCCUCUAACAAACGCACAAACUUCGCCAAGACUAUCCCGAAAUUGGGCAUACAAAUUCCGAAAGACGUCCUCGACGAGACCGCUCGAAAUCGGGUUAUCGGAUUUAUGAAAAGUUUGUUUUCAUACUGGUUAUUUUGUGAUAAGACCUUCUACUUGCAUACGACCUUCACGCGGCCUACUUGAAGUGAGACGACCUUCACUUCUACUUGAAGAAGAACCUCUCUACGCUUAGUGAAAGCCUUGCAUGCAAACUCUAGGCGUACUUGAACUUAGACUUCAUCUCUACGUUAACGUUUAGUACCCAAUUAAGGGUAACUCUAUCUCUACCUCUACGCUUAGUGCCUCCCGAGUAACAAGAUCAAGACUUUAAAUCUACCUAAGCACAACACCCCCAUCAACAGCUUCAUUUGUGACAUAGAAAAUUCGAUAUGCCCACCAGCCGAUGGACCAGAAGUGACCACAAGGGGAAGAUCAGCCAGAAAAGACAGCGUCACCUCCGAAAGCAGGGUAAAGUUUUUAGCUUGAAGUUAGACUUGAAAUCAAGAUUAACUCCUAAUAGGAUUAACGAUUUUUGAUCGUCAACUACGCCGACGUCAACUACUCGUUAAACACAGUAGAACCUCUUUGUCCUGCUUGAAGAUACUCGACGCAUUGAUAAGCGCUCACAACCUCUACAGAAAUACCGGGAUAUGCAAUGGCUAAUGACGAAGAUGAGGGGAAGCGUCAUCGUUGGAGUGAAUACUCUAUACAAUUAUGCAAUGUAGUAAUAUAGAUUCCCAAACAAGUAGAGUUGUAACUGCUCCUGAGGGUGACGAGGACCCCAAAAUAAAAUUACAGUUUCCUCAAGGGUAGGUUAAAGGUGCUUUUCUUACCGCUUUUUAUGCCUCUCCUAAGGGAGAAAGGCAUAAAAAGCGGGGUAAGCGAGCACCAAAAACCUACCUCUAAUGUAGAUCUUCAUGAUGUCUCGUUUUUCCACUUGUUUCAUGUUGAACUUGAACUUCCUCUUCUAAUCCAAAGACGAACGUGGCAGGCAAAGUUUUGACAUUCAGAUAUCUACUGUCGUCGAUCCCAGCGGUCACUCGAGAGCAGCAAGCGGCGAUGAGGUAACCAGUUGUUCGGAAUGUUAUGAAGUGGAUGACGAGCUUCACAUAACGACUAGCCAACAACUGAAUUAGUAGUAGUAGUAGUAGUAGUACUUUCUUAGAAUUUAAUUCACUUUCACGACUAGUACGGAACCAGGCAGCUUUGAGUGAGUUGCUACGACGUGGUUCGAAUGAAUGAAUGAAUUCACUCACAUGAUCUCACUCUACAGAAUGCAGCCGCAAGAAAAGCCGAGCUAGCGGAAAAGAUGAACAACAUGGUCCAUCGGGUGUUGAUUCCGGAUAUGAUAUUCUUUGAUCGCGGAAAACCAACGCAAUAUUUUCUCACUUGCAACAUGGACGAGGACGUUAGUUCAGGUAUACUCACUUGUAACAUGACGAGGGACGAUGACGUUAGUUCAGAUAAGUAUGCAGCUCUUGCUUGCGAGGAUGAUUACGUUUUUGAGGAUGUUGCUGCAAUUCUUGGGAGAACUAUAACUAGUACCAGAAGUUAGUAAGUAAUUUCAAAUCCACUCGAAGUUGCAUCUGCCUGAUCACCAUCAUCUCUUCAGCCGGCCAAUCUGGUUUCGAGAGUACCACUAAGAAGAAUUCGAAGGGCAAAACCAUAGCUGCACCCGUUAGCACAGAGGAAAAUGAGAAGAAGGCCAAGGACAGAAAAUUAAGGCUAGAAGAGAGGAUUCAUCUUUGAGGGCAUCCCUGCAAAGUAUGAAUGGGCAUUCUCAUCGUGGCACGGUUCAAGGAUGCACAUCAAAGAUGAAAAUGAGACAGCCCUAAGAAAAGCAAAACGUGAACUAAAGAAAACUCUAGAUGCCGAGGUGGCAAAGGUCGCCGAUUCUAACGCUUUGCUGACACAGCGGACCUUAACAGCGCUAGUGAAAUUGCGCUCAUCAUCCGAAUUGAUUACAAUUUAUGGAGGAUUGUAUCAUUCAUCAAUCAUGUCAAUCUCUCUUACUCUUUAGCUCAGACAUCAGAAGGAACAGCAUGAUUGUCCAGAAGAAACACCAACAGACAGCAGGAGAAGUAGUAGGAGCUGUUCUUCAACAUGUUCCGGCAAUCACUACUAGAACUACUCAUCCCUACUUUUUUAGAAUUCAUGAUCUGGACCUCGAGUACAAAUCCUCUCUUUUCAUAUCCUUGUCCGAGACUUUCUGCGAAAAUCCAUAGUGCUUCGAAGGAAAGCCAUAGCCUACGAAAAGUUCGUCGCUGCGUGUGUUAGGGAAGCAGGGAUGAGCGAGGAGGAGCUGGCCACUGCCAUAGCACAAUACGCGAAUCCCAGACUCGAAGUAAACCCUUACAAAUAUUUUCUAUUAUGAAGGGACUAGAUUCAGACUAUUGUGAAUUCGUGAAUAGAUACGCAGGAGAGGACAGGAGAGGAAGAUGCUAGAAUCAACAGUAGGGACUGCGAUAUCAAAUCUGGAAACAAAGUAUCACCAGGCUCGAAGUGGCCCAACAGAAGAAUCAACUUCUUCCUCUUUGUUCGAGAACAAAGGGGAAGAAGUUGAUUCUUACCGCGGCGUAUAGAUGGUGCCAGGCAACUACCAAGUCUUCCUCACGCUCCUGCAUUCUUACCACGACGAAGAAGAACCCCAAGUACUAGUAGUAAUAGUAAACCUAUAUACUAGUAGUAAUCGUACACCUACUCGCACUCCACCUACACGACGUACUAACCCCCGUACUCUAACCGGCGUACCUGGUAAAGAGGGUGAGAUGACGCAGAUGCAGGGGGUUACAGUGUAUUUGCCACCAGGAAGUGUAGACGGACCGAACGGACUCGCGAUGGUUAAAGCGCAAAAGCCCUUCAUACGAACUUACACGUCAAAGCGUGGCAUUGUGCCUAGGCAAGCCUCGCUUCAAUGGAAGCCGCCUGAAGGGGGGUCCUCAGGUAAUUGAAGUUGAAGACACUAUUGACAUUGACUUUUCUUAUUUCGAUUUUUGUUUUUUCUAGGUAGGUUGGCUCCUCCACAAAGUAUAGAAGAUGAAGUCCAAAUAAGUACAAUGAUACUCUUUUCGAUGAUUAUUUGAUGAUGUUAAUCAUGGCAACUACUUAAUGCUAUACCUAUAGUACAUCAUGUAACAGUGUUAACAUGUAAGUCUACUACAGGAGGUGCAACCUUCUACCUUUUUUUUUGAAGAUCAACAGCAAGGCUUUACAACACUCUACGAUGACUCAGGCACUCCCUCCACUCUCCAACAUUCUCAAAACACGACAGACACUAAAGCUCCAGGGCCACACGCACUUAGUAACGCAGUUAAUCCAUACGCGGACAGCAUGGAGAUGAUUCGCAUACAGUACAAAGACGGUUCAGUGCGAUUGUGGUUAUGGCUCUUGUUGCUCGAUUUUAGAGUUGAAUACAUAGUGAGAUUGAUGAUCUUUCUUCGUGGAUAAUUUGCACUUCAUCUUACCCAUUGAGUGCUCUACUUCUGCUUGAUUCAUCCCAAGAGGGCUGUAGCAGGAAGAUGAAGCUGGCCUAUGUAUUACUAUUUGUAAAGUUUUGAUGUGUAAUAAAUGUAAUUGUUCUUACGAUUAGGAUUAGAUCUUCUUCAUUUUGAUAUUCGCUACCUAGUACAACGAAGGGCUCUCGUCUUCCUUCUAAUCCUGAGUGAUCGAGAAGUCCGUAUGUUUUGCGUUUUGCGGAAGCCUAACAGGCAAGAAUUCAUGGAUAUACAAAGCAUGCAGAUCCUGCCUUUUGCGGGAAUGCACAACACGAACGACUCCUUGCAAUUUGUUACGUAUAACUACAACGAGAAGCUAGUAGCGUUGAAAGCAAAAAUGCGUGCGAGAAGUCCGCAACGGGAAAAAGUCAUAUACGAUCCAGUGCCCGCGAGACCAAUUAGUACUUAUAUGUCAAUGUCAAUGUGUUUGAUGAAAAAUAUAAAUGUAGAGUUCGAGGAGUUGAUGCAGAAACUGCAUUGACGCGCGUUUUUGGAAAUGACUGCAUACACAGCGUCGAGCAGGACUCAUUUCAUGAUCAAAUUCAUGACUGCAGCUUCAUCGAUAACCUCUGUCUGACUUCAAUUUCAUUAUUCUUCCUCAUGCUAGGUCCAAAACGAGCCGUCUCCAUACCAUUCGAGAAUAAGGCCUCGAAGAAUCAAGAGGAAGAAGAACCUGAGCCAGUGCCAGAAGUAAAGAAGAAGCCUUCUAUUAUGUUGCAAACACGAAGGCGCGUAGUUUCUUCUUGUCCUUUGUGUGUAUCAGCAAUACAAUCAGAAUGAUCAUCAACAGGCACUACCUCUGCCACAGCAGCUAAACUUAUUCAAAGCAAAAACAAAAAGCUGUUAGCUGUAGCAUCUUUCGCUUGCGAGGAGCCACGUCAAAUAUGGUUAUGACCUCCACCACUCUAAUUCAGAGAAAAAGCCACCAUCUGCUGAUGAAGGUGCUAACGAAGCGAGCAAGUCUAGCAAGGAAGCACCGAAAGGAGCGUCGCAAGACGCAGGUGGGAAUAGUACGAAGUUAGGACUUGAAACUUGACCUUAGACUUCUGAAACAAGAAAGGUGUAAUGAAUUCCAAGAGGUUCGCUCUUAAAAUACAUCUACUUCUUCAACAUGCUUUCAAUUUCAUUUACUAGUAAAAUAAAGUUCUUCAUCUAAUCUUCGGAGCGGCGGCAACUGUCCCUGAGGCUCCCGCGAAUCCGCUGGCGAGUGCAAAUUUGUCACCGGACUUGGCGAUGAUGCGCGAAUAUUUCCCUGAUGCUCAGGUGGUUUUAGCGGAAGAAUACGAAGGCGGGAAGAUUUAUCUCCCAGGUGAGGAAGUUCAGAGGAUACGGGAAUUGCAGCGCUCGUUAUCGCCAGAAAGAUACAAAACGAAAAAGAAGAAGCCGAAGGCGGCUGUUGCAGCAGCGCCAGCAGCUGCUUCACUUAUGACAAAAAAAUGUGAUGAUCUCGCGUGAAACAAGAGAGAGACCACCAAGAAUACGAUAUCAGGAGAGAGUGAUUAUGUAGCUCACUUUUAAUCGUAGUGGUCGUAGUCUGUAUGUACUAGCCUACGCUUAGGUCAAAUCCGCUUCCGCACAACCAAAACCAUAAAAUAACUGACCACCAUAAUUUUCCUGUUUCGCUUUGAAUCCCUGCCAUUGUUCUCACGACCCUCUAAAAAUCCUAGUAAAGAAAAAGCGUCAACUUCAGGUGCCAGUCCCUCACCACCUUCGAAAAGCAGUGCUUCGGGAAGUGGUGGCGCGACAUCUUCUACUGCAGUAGUAGCCGCCUCAACAACCGAGGAUCAUACCAGUAGUCCAGCUGCAUCGAAAGAGCGAUAUAUACAAGGCGGCAAAGAGCAAAUUGGCGGCAGCAAACCCUCCAAAACCAUAGCACCGCCAAAAGUGCCUGCACUGAAUCUAGGAAGUGGCGACAAUGCUCCACCAGGACCCGAGUUCUUCGAAAGGAAACGCGGGGAAGUAAUAGAAGCCCUGGGUCGUGGACCUGAGCUGCAUUACAUGAUGACGAAUACGGAUAGGGAACAAAUCAUGUUAUGAUCGUGAUUCUUGUUACCGCGAACAGACAUGAUGAAAAUAGCAAGCGCAGCACUGCGCUUGUUCAGCUCUUUUUACCCCUCGCCUUGGUACAGAGCUUGAGGUGGGCCACACUUCUGUUCUAACGGCUCUCUCUCCCUCCUCCACCAGAAAAUGCGAACCUCAACCUGUCCCCAACAACAUUCUAAUGAAUGAUCUUCCUUUCCCAUCACCUAAGUUUUUCUAAUCGGCGACGAGACAAUAGAUAAGCUGAACGCGUGGCUAGAGGAGCACUUCAAUCUUCGGAUAUUUGCCGGUAUUUUCGAAUUCGCCUUCGCAAAAAUCGACGUCCCAACGGUCUAUGGACUCGAGCAACAAAAGAAAAGACCGAGUCAGCAACAGACAAGUACUAAAUAUUUCUUGGUCCUCGUGGAUGAGUUCUUCAUUUUUUAGAAGGCUCCUCCUUUUUCUAAAGUACUACGUACUGCAAGUGCAACUCCACUAGAAUCACACACUUUUCCCAGUCGACCCGAAUGGUCCAUCGAAAAAAGAGAGGGUGAAGAGAAGUCCUUUGUCCGUAGUAUCAGAGUUGCAGGAAACCCGGGUUAGAGGGUACUUGAUGAACGCAUCGAAACUAGUGGUGGGAAAAAGUAAUGCGAAGAUGAAACAAACGAUGUUAUGAACUUGGAUGAGCAGGCUUUUUUUGAGUAACUACAAGUUACUCUGAUGCAAUGAUCAUCUCUGUUGUGGAGGUUUUAUUUGAGUAACAAGCUACUCUGAUGCAAUGAUCAUCUCUGUUGUGGAAAAGUACUCGUCUUUGAUUAGCAACUUCAACGUUUCCUCUAGCUCUAAUCGUUGGCGCAUCCCCUGCUACUCGAGCGAGUUCGCCGUCUCCAUAUGCUAGCGAUCACGGUGCACCGGAAGACGAAUACGUGGUCUAUGGUAUUCAAUAUUGGUAUCGAAAUUGAAUUUAGAAUUUUGAAUACUAUUCAUUGGUAUCUGAAUACUAUUGGUAUACUAGUGGAUCGACCAACAGUGUAGAGAGAGUAAGGAACGAUAGUGGCAAGCUCCCCAAUAUUGGAGCUUGCUCUAAAUUUAAUACACUUUGAGCAUUAUUCGACUUUCUGUGUCUCUGUCUGUCUCCAAAAGAUGACUACCCAAAGAACGUCUUCUCUCAAUGAAUUUGAAUGGGUCAACAACAAAAAAUGAGGUGUGAAUUCUUUCUCUUACUCUUUCGGCAACACGAUCAACAUCGUGCAUGAUGAAAACCAAGGAUCAUGUGCUAACCUAACGCACACAGAUUCUCCAGACGACAUGUCCCCUGACCACCAGAAGAGUCCUGACAGCUCACCUGGCCCCAGUGAAACAGCUGAAGAUCUAGCAGAGCGAGCAUUGGGGAAGAAAAAAAGGAUAAAGUGGAAAACACAAGCGGGUCCGGAAAUGUUGACCAAUAUUUAUGUCAAGAACAAUCGGUUGUGGUUGAGGUUGCUUUUUUUCUGUUGUAACUCUAGUAACUGUAAGUUGUACUUCUUAGGUGUAGAACUAGAACACCUCCUUGUUAAAGUAGACGAUCGCACCACUGUUGGCAUGUUCUUCAUACCUCCUUCUACUAGUAAACUCCAGCUUCUUGUUUCAAAUCAACAUUUAAAGUAAAGUCCAUCAUCCUCGUCCUCCACAACGACAACGUCUCGUUACCGCCAACAUCUUAUCUUCACAACAUCAAUCUUCUCUUCUCCUUCUAAAACUCGGUCGAUAUGUGGGAGCCAAUCCGGUUGGAGUGUUCUACAGACCCGUUAGCUGAAUUCAAGCGUUCUCAGCAUGGCGCGGAAGCAAAUUCCUUUUAAGGCUUACCGGAAACACUACGACGCCCUCAGGCAGUCUGAACUGAAGUUUGUGCGAGGCUAUCCCUUGUCCUUAAUUGCUCGCAAAAGUCUAGUCCUCUCAUCAUUAUUGUAUUGUAUGCGGCGCCUGGAAUAGAUGGAUCCUACCUAGGAGCAUGGCCAUUACAAUAAAAUCUGCGCUACUCUAUCCUUUAUCUACAUUCGUUUUUUUUUUUUUUACUUUUCCUAGUUGUUAGGUUGAUGGCUCCACCAUCCAUAUUAUUUUUGUAUUGUAUUGCGUUAUUGCGUUGCAUCUUGGGCCUCCUGUGUAAGGAAGUACCCGUAAAUAGAGCAGAUGACUUCCGAGGUGAAUAUCUCUAAUUUCUAGAUGUGAUGGUCCGGGCAACUGUUGACGCAGCACGAGAAGGGACGCCCUUUGAGCACGUGGCCUUCAUAGCUGAGGACCCAGCACCAUGUGAGCGAUUAGAAACAGCGGGGAAUAAAUUAGGUAUUAAUCUGGAUCUGGAAUUGUAAGUUUUAUUGAACUAAAUGGUCUAAGUUGUAAUGCUCCUGGAUAUUGUGCACACAAGUCCUUUUUUUAUGAAGAUGUUUGGUCAUUAUACCUUUCAGUUUCAUUUCAUUUUCAAGACCUCCACAACUAAAAAUUCACUAUAAUAAGUAGCACUUUCUUCAUCCAUGUAACCCUCCUCGACUAGGUCAACGCGUAACCGAAGCGAACAAAGUAUUGAAAACACGUGUUGGACCGAUUGGUGCUUUAUUGAGCAAGCCGUUGACAAGGAGUAUGUCAGAUGCUGGAGUCUCUGAGGUCCAGACUUCGAGAAGAUCGAGAAUAGAGAAGCAUCACGCUUCGAAUUCAUCUCUAGCCAGCGGCCCUUCUCCCCUGCUGCCACCCAGCAGUGUGUCACUACUUAGUAGACAAGGGACAGUUAAGGCUACCCCUUCAAUAAGUAAGUGAUGAUCCCUCUUCAAUGAGUAAGAUCCCGCCUCUUCAAGAAGUAAGUGAUGAUCCCUCUUAAGGUUAAGAGAUGAUCCCUCUACCUCUUAAGGUUAAGAGAUGAUGAUGAUCCCUCUAAUAGUAAGUCUUUAUUAUGCCCUGGGCAUGAUGAUAGAUCCCUCUUCUUUCAGUAUCUCCCUUGUUUUCAAUAGUUACUCGGUCUCGGUUAUUUCAGCUUAUCGAAUAGGUGCACCUCCACGGACAUUGUUCUCGUUGAGACAGUGAAGAUGAGUUAAGAGGAGCUCUAAGGUACCACCAGGACUGGCUAGCAAGACUCUCAUGAGUGGACCUCCUAGUUUAGUCGGAUCUUCUUCGAGAGGUGGUCCUAGCAGUGGUCAGGGCAUGAUGGGCCAUUCUAUUAAGGCUUCUUCCUAAUCCAUCUCGUACUAAAUCUAAAGCAUCCUGAGGAGGCUGUAUUUCAACAGGGAAAAGUGAUCUUCAGGAUGGAUUUGGGUGAGUUCUAAUUCCAGUGGUCAAGGCAUGUCAGCACUGAUGCAUCCCGGAUCGGCACGCUCAGCGAAUUUGGCUCCGUCAUCUUCAGGCAUGCUGCCGCAGAGUAAGGGAACCCGCUUGCAGAGUGCUGGACAGAGGGCAUUGCUUCCAUCAUACGGAACGCCGGCUAGUCCAGCAAAAAUCGAUGUGUCGCGGAACUUCUUAGGAGAAGCGCUAGCGGAAGCUACUACACCAGCACCAGCAACAGCGGGAAGUGUUCGAAGACUAGCCUCGCCAGCGCGCACGACAUGCGACUCACUCGCGGACCUGAUAGCGUCUUCUGGUGCGACGUAGACGGAUGAACAUUCGAGUUGUACUAGAUCUGGAUGGAGAUUAUCAUCAACAUUUCAUACGUCUAGCUCUAGGACGGGCUGUAGUUCUACUUGUGCAUAUGAGGACUUCAAUCUACUACAUCUUCACAUUGGACAUGGAAUUCCGAAAUUCUGCAUAAGAUGUAACGUAGCAUAUUUAUCAUGGUGUUAGAGAUGAAUUUCGACUUCAAGAGAUUUUUUGUGCAUAGUGUCACUUUUCAUGCGGCAUAAAUAAUGUACUAACUUGUGCUUUUUCUUGAAAUGUAUCUCUUAUUUUUUAGAGCAGUUGUCAUAGAUAUCAUUAAGAGCAUGGUAAAAGGAUGAAAAAUAGCGUACAGAUACUCGAAAGAAAGACCAAAUCGAUCCCAGUAAAAGAUUCUUAUUCGUUGAAGACUAUCGUAGCUAUAGAUUGUGAUUGUGAAGUACAAAAAGUAUGAUAGGUUCUAAAGUGGAAAAACAAAAGCCAAUCGAUCCCGUUAUAAGAGAUUCUUAUUCGUUGCCAGUAGUUGCACGGAAAGAGAUAAAUGUAUCUCUCUGUAUGACUACAGCCAAGCCAUCUGAAAUUAAGCACAUUUUCAAUUGAUGUUUUUGUUGCAUCAAAGUGCAAAGCUGAAUUACAAUGAAUUUGAAGAGAAAGUCAAUCGCUUCCAGAAGCGUAUUAGAUAAGCUUAGCGUCGUUAUAGUCGUGAAUAUCCUAGUAGUUAUACAGAAUCAGAAGUCGUUAAUAUCCUAGUAUAGCGUUAGCGUCGUUACACUCACAUGCAGAUGAAUUGUUAUAUGCAGGUCUAAAGAACCUACUUACUUGAAAUAUUAUCGCACCCACGUGGUAUAGCCAGAGUGACAUCAAAGGUGAAUGAAACAGCCAGAUUAAAGACUGAAUGAUUUUUGGCUUGAAGUUGACGAUGAAUUGAAAAUGAAAUUAAAGACUACAGACUCACUGACACUAGAGAUUGGUAGAGUACUCGUUACACAGAUUCCUAUUCCUUUGCCAGAUCGAAAGCAGAAAAAUCCGUUACGUAUCCUUCUUAAGCAGGUAGAAUAUGGGUCCUCGCUUAUUCCAAAACCGAUGACAAACUUUCAAGCAAAACCGUGAUCAUGUGCAGUUGUAUGCGUAUAGUAGUUGUAUGGUACAAUUACCAUACGGACACAGACAGCAGGUGCUUUGUUAUCAGUCCAGAAGAACAAUCAACUACCAAAAGGGUUUCUUGCCCAUCACAAUAGCGG